AUGGCAAACGAUCAGACAUCACCACCCAAUCUGGCCCUCUGCAUCACCACCGAAGACUUCGAGGCAGCCGCAAAGAAGGUUCUCCCAAACAAGGCAUGGGUCUACGCCUCCAGCAGCGCAGCCUCGGGUCUAUCCCUCCAAUCCAAUCUAGACGACUGGUCUCGAAUCAACUUCCGACCUCGCAUCAUGAGGAGUGUCAGUUCACUGAAUCCAACCCGGUCUAUCCUGGGGCAACCCGGUAGUCAACCCUUCUUCGUCUCGGCGAUGGGAACGCUGGGUAACGCACACCCAGGCGCAGAGCCCUUGCUGGUACGAGGAGCUACUCGAAAGGGCUUACAUACCGUGGUCAGCACGGCGACGAGCAAACCGUUGGAGGAGAUCAUGGAGGCUCAUCUCGACGAGCAGCGCCAACUUGGUCAUCAAAGUCCGUCCAAGCUCGCUUUCCAGUUAUACGUCCCCGUGGAUCGGAAUCUAGCUCGGUCCCUGAUUCGGAGGGUCAAAGCUGCUGGAUAUCACAGUCUAUGGAUUACAGUAGAUACUUCUACGCUGGGCAAACGAACGGCAGAUCGGUACUUGCAAGCACAAGAAGCUCUCGAUCAAGGUAGCCGUGAGACAGUCCGAGAGGCGGCGGCUGACAACGCCUUUGGUCCUGCAUUUGGAGGCCGGCCUGUACCGGGAUACCUCGAUCCCGGUCUCAAUUGGGAUGAUUUGUCGUGGAUCUCGGAGGAGUGGAAUGGUCCGAUCGUUCUGAAGGGGAUUCAGACCGUGGAAGAUGUCAAGUUGGCGGUCCAACACGGCGUGCAGGGUGUUCUUUUGAGCAAUCACGGUGGCCGACAGAUUCAUUCGGCUCCCAGUGCCCUGAUGACCCUGUUGGAGACCCGUACAUACUACCCCGAGGCAUUCGACAAGUUGGAGAUCUUUGUCGACGGUGGUCUUCGGGAUGGUGCCGAUGUUCUCAAGGCUUUGUGUCUCGGGGCAACGGCUGUGGGAGUUGGUCGGCCAUACUUUUAUGCCAUGGCAGCUUAUGGUAUUGAAGGCGUUGAGAAGUGCACUGACGUUCUUGCUGAGGAGAUCGAGAUCACCAUGAAGAUGCUUGGGGUUUCAUCACUUGACCAACUUCGACCGGACAUGGUCAACGCCAGUCGACUGUUGAACGAGAUGUGGCGCCCAGAUAUCUGGUGGAACAAAUCCAAGCUCUAA